GAGGGGAGAGAAGGGAGCAACAAGGUGUGAGAGAUCAGUGUAACAACAAGUACUGUGGUGGGAGGGACUCGGGCCUCGCCUACAACACUCGCUAGUGCUUCUACGAACUUCAUCACUGAUGUAGCGUCAACACUGAUGUAGUCAUCGGUGAGCCCGUGGGUCAGUAGCAGCAGCUACAGGCUCAGUUCUCCGUCUGUUGGUUGCCAUACACGCUAAGUAGUACCUGUGCUCACAUUACCACCAAACUCAACUAAGCAAUAAAUGAACGAUAUCGUUUGAUGUAGCAAACAACAUAUAUGAGGAAGAUGGCGGCCAUAAUACUGCCUCUAAUUCUCACCAGCUUCAUGACCUCGUCACUAGUGUUGAGCCAGUCCCAGGAGCUGGAGGCUUUACCGACGAGGGAGAAUCAUACGGAGUACAUCCUGACGGCGGGGCAGCAGGGUGUGACAGCUUUACAUCCUCUCCCCGCUCCUGCUGUAGCAGACACCGAGAAAGACGGUCUGAGACCCAAGUGCAGGCCAGGGGGCAACCUCAUCUGCUACUCCUGUAAACUCGAUUUCCGUAAAAGGCAUUACGAGUGGGACCAUCCCUGCCUGGGACGCCACAACAACCACAGGGUCAGCGAUAACUACCUGGUUAACUGUGGUCCCAAUGACACAAUCUGUAGGGUGGAGAGAACAGAAGUGAACGGGAUACUAAUUAUGUUGAAGAGGGAGUGUACCAGCCUCUGUUACGACAGCUGCCGACCCAAGGGCUUCGGCAUCAACUACGAGCUGUGUGAGACCUGCUGUGAGAGUGACGCCUGUAAUUAUAACUAUCCAAUCAGCCAAGCUCCAGCUCCAGGUCCGUCGUCUUCCUGCGUGGCGGCCAUCAUGACGGGCUGGUGGGCCGUGGUAAACACGAUUAUCUGGACUUAGGGAUUUUAGUGUCCACGGCACCGACCAUAUUUUUUAAAAGGGGUUGAUAUUGUCUUAAUUCUCUAUUUUGGUGGAGAAGAGGUUAUAUUUACACACGGCUCAGAUGAAUGAUAUGUAGAAUAUCUGGGUGCUUUAUUACUGGAGCUUUGGUCGAUAUGGUAGGCUAUCAGGAAUGUUUUCACACACAUACACACAAAAGGAUGGAUAGAGGGGGGGGGACAUGAUAACGACAUAUAAAAUACUGAGAGGUAUUGACAAGGUACAUAGGGACAGAAUGUUGCAGAGAUGGGACACAGCAACAAGGGGUCACAAAUAGGAGUUGAAAACUCACAGGAGUCACAGGGAUGUUAGGAAGCAUUUCUUCAGUCAGAGUUGUCAGGAAGUGGAACAAUCUGGAGAGUGAUGUAGUGGAGGCAGGAUCCAUACAUAGCUUUAAGAAGAGGUAUGAUGAAGCUCAUAGAGCAGGGAGAGAAUGGGCCUAGUAGCGACCAGCGACGAGACGGGGCCAGGAGCUGUGAAUCGACCCCUGCAACCACAAAAAGGUGAGUACACACAUACACAGCAUAAUUACACCGGUUCAAAUAUCGCGUAUCGCUUAAAAAUCCAAAUUGUUAAUGUUAAAAGUGCCAAGGCCCCUGCAGCUACCUUGUUAAUUAUAUGAACCAGGGCUUAAAUGGGAAGACACAGGAGGGGAGGAAAAUAUUGAAAAUAACCUCGACACUCACAAGUUACACAGAGGGGCAGGGGUACCCAGUAGGUGAGUGUGUAGGGGAAGUGAAUGUACUUAUACUCUGAGAGGGACAGGAGUACCCAGUAGGUGAGUGUGUAGGGGAAGUGAAUGUACUUAUACUCUGAGAGGGACAGGGGUACCCAGUAGGUGAGUGUGUAGGGGAAGUGAAUGUACUUAUACUCUGAGAGGGACAGGGGUACCCAAUAGGUGAGUCUAUUCAUAUACCCACAAAGGGGCACGAGCACCCAGUGGGUGGCUGUGAGAGAGGUGGGUACAGUCACAUGUACUGUAUACAGAAAAUCGCUUCAAGAUUCUAGUAUCAAGUGAAGGAUGAACUAGAACAUCCUGCUGAAGCGUGUGUAACUUGCUGUCAACCAUAGAAAGUAUUGGUAGACGGUUGUCGUUGUCCUUAAAUUUGACAUUAAUUCCUAUUUUAGGAAUUAAAUUAUUUUUGAUUAGUGGUGUAUAUGUGAAAUAUAACCUUAAUACCACUCGGGCAGCCGACAGCCAUUGUCAUUCUAAUUCUAUAAAUCUUUCAGGGGCUAAAAAUACUCACGGAACGGGUGGAGUUUGAACUUAUGGAGAAUGUUAAAACGGACAGGGUAACGUACAAGGUAUACAAGCCUAGCAGACAUCAGUGACGUACUAGUAUAUAGAAAGCCCCUUUAUGGAAGUUUUUACAUAAUUUCCUAAAUGUAGAACAUAUAAAUGAAUAAUACAAUAAUUGUGUAAUAAAAUAUGAUGCUGUUUGAACCCUUCGAGAAAUUUCGAGUGGGGGGGGGGGGUAGAACAGCCAGUAGGGACGCCAUGUUUGAUGUAGUGUGAACACUGGUCGGAAUUUUGCACCAGGAAUUCGGCAUUUUCCGAGGCCUAAUGGGGGUGUAUCGGUCCUCAAUUCGUAAUUUAGAAAUUGCUGAUACGUUCCUGCUGAAGAAUUGGGAGGAAAUUUGCGGGAACGCAAGAAUUACGUCACUCCAGGGAGUGCACCUAGCUGGCCAGGGAUCCUGAUGUUAAAUAGGUGCUGUGGUGUGAUCUAUUAACAUUGUCUUCCAGCAAUUCAAAGGUGAGUAGUAAUACAAAGUUCUUUUCUAAUAACACCAUUGGAUUAUAUGUAUCGUAUUAAUAUUUUGUGGAACCAGCAAACAAGCCUAAUACUAUCCAGUCCACCUGUUUACCUGGAGAGGGGUUUUUGGGGGUCAACGCCCCCGCGGCUCGGUCUGAGACCAGGCCUCGUGGUGGAUCAGGGUCUGUUCAACCAGGUUGUUUCUGCUGGCCGCACGCAGGCUGACGUACGAACCACAGCCCGGUUGGUCAGGUACUGACUUGGGGUGCCUGUCCAGUGCCUUCUUGAAGACACCUAAUUGUAAUUUUACCAGAGUAGCUGGUUUUAUUAUGAUUAUUAACUUAAUGUUAGGUCUAGCUUUUUGUGAAAGUAGUGAGGAAGUGGGCAAUUGGAGGGGUUGCAGUUCGGUGACCUACUGUGACUUAAGUCUCACUUACCUCACCCAAGUUACUUGCAGGUAAUAAUUCAGGUAAUGCUCUGUAAGCCUCCUGCAGGUGAUUUGCUCAAAUAAUAAAUUUUCACACCCCUUGUUAUGCAGAGCUUUUCGGGCAAAUUAGGUCAAUUUUGUCCCAGGAUGCGACCCACACCAGUCCACUAACACCCAGGUACCUAUUUUACUGAUAGGUGAAGAUUAUUAUUAUUAUUAUUAUUAUUAUUAUUAUUAUAAUCAAGAGGGAAGCGCUAAACCCGUAAGAUUAACAGCGCCUGGGGGGAUGUGGAAGGCAUUCAGGCUUAAUUCGGGGAACUGGAGCACAGGUUCAAUUCCCUAAAUCAAGAGCCCCUCACCAACAUCAGGAAACCUUCCCUGAGGGGUGAUAGGUGAAGAGGGACCGCAGGUAUCUUAAGGAAACACGUCCUAAUGUUUCCACCCGUACCGGGGAUCGACCCCAGGACCUCAGUGUGAGAGCUGAGUGCUCUAGCAAUCAAGCUACGGGACACCCAUGUUUCAAACCCCACCCGUUCCGUGAUUUGUUUGUCAUCGCGUUAUUACUGUUUCAGGAGUUCUUGAGGCUCCUGGAUUUCCUUAAGGUACUGCUACCAUCCAUUUCUGUCGUCUCGAGAGAAGUUAAAGUUUAACAUCUUUGUUAUUCACUCCAUACCCAUGGAUGUCUCUUCCCCAUUCCUUAAAAUAUCUACACUUGGGCUGUAACAAAUCUGUUCCCAAGGUUACUAUGUUACAUAUGUUGUCAGAACUGCAGGUGUUCAGCACACAACACUGAGUGUUCGUAUCACAUGCAACAGCACAAGUUCAUACCACCAAGCUUAGUGUGUCAUAUACUGGUGUUGUCAGUCAUACAUUCCCCGGGUGUUUGUACCACCAUGCACUCCAAAUCCUUGCCACUAUUUUGUGUCAUAAGUAUUCCCAGUCAAACAUCCCCCAGAAAUGUUUUGGUAUGCUGUCUUGAUGUGUCUUGACGUGCCUUCAUGUCUUGACGUGCCUUCAUGUGUCUUGACGUACCUUCAUGUCUUCACGUGCCUUGUUGUGUCCUAUCGCGCCACUCAGCAGUUGUAAAUAAAGUCAGUUAUCGUUUUUACUAAUAGCAAUUUUCUCGCAGACAAACGCUAGUGGUGGCACAUAAAUGACAUUGGAUCAUACUUUUUCAGCGCGAGAAGUUAUAUCAUAGUUUACCCUUCGGUCAUCUCCUUGGUUUUCUUUGAAUGAAAUACAAUGGCAAAUCAUCUUUGCAUUACCUGGAGUUCAUUACCUUUCAAAUUCAAAGUUUAUUCUCUAUAAGAUUACAAUGCUGAGUUUACAGAAUUUGGUUAUUGUGUGGUUUACAUGUAGUAAAAUAAUAAUUACAGAGUGUACCACUAGAACACCUAGCAUGGCUAGGCAUUUCGGGCAGACUUAGAUUAAUUCUUAAAUUUAAAAUAUUACAAAUUAUGAGGUAAGUUGGUAUUAUGGCUAAGUGACUAAAUACUAGUUUGUGAGUUUAGCAAUGUGAAUGCUUUUGUUUUGGCACAGUACAUAGUUUCAGUAUUGGAGUAUCACAGGCCAACUUAUGACUAGUUAGGAUUCAUUAUUUUAAGAUUGAGAUUGAUAUUUGUUUAUGGUCAAAUGGGUGAGUGAGUAUAAGUGUGAACCACCAGGUGGUAUUCGUGUAGUUAGUUGACGGGGUGUAUCAGGGAGAUAAGAUGUAACUUGUUCAGCUAUCAAAACUUUGGGGCCCAGUCCCUGGUCACAUUAUGUACCGCUGUAAUCCUUUGACUACCGCCCACAGGAUAGGUAUGAGAUGCAUAAUGAAGAUAUUAAGCUUAUAGCUAGAACUGAAGCUCAGAUAUCGAAUACCAUAGAAAUGUAUUCUGUUAUAUAUAGCAUUUUACGUGAGGUGCAUUUGGCAGAUUCUAGGAGAAGAUUCUAAGAUGAUUUUGACCAAAAACGUAUUAAGUUCAAGUACCCCAAUGGAAAUAAGUCACUGACUUUUUUUGCUUUAUUCUAGGUUCCUCCACAUAUGCUGCUAUGUAUAUUAUAUGUAACUGUGUAUACCUGAAUAAGCUUAAGUUUGAGACUAAUGGCUUGUUACUGGAACCUUGUUCUGGCAGUCAAGAGUUUCAUCAAAGUUCCUAUCUGAUUUGUAACUUUCUUGUCACGAAUAGUAAGCAUCGUGUCCCCAUGUUAUUUCCCUGAAAUGUUCAAGUUUCUUCUGGAAUGGCCUAGUUAUUGCCUCGAUAUGUUCUGUUAUUCCCUUGAGAUGUUCUCGUUUUUUCCUGUAAAUGUUCUGGUGUUCAAUCAAUAAAUCAGUCUACAUAUAUAAACUGCAGAUCAUAUUUCGAUUAUAAUUACCAGUGUGUGUCACCUGAACUUAAACUGUCGUCAGUG